GAAAUGAACGGACCGUCCAAAAAUCGUUAAUAACUCAUCAAUUAAGUAACAAAUCUAUACAAAAUUAUAACGAGAAGAUAGCCAAGACUUCACUCUACAUCCUUUGACACAGAUAAGUGCAUAAUUUAUGUCUGUAAAAUUGCGAACAGUUAACUUCGUAAAUAGUUACUUAAUUAGUAUUACAGCCAUAAUCCUUUGACCAUACCAUAUCUCUUCGACAGUUUUAUUCCGCACGCACUUCAACAUUGUCAACACUGACGCGUAAAUUAAUUUUGCUAAGUUCGAAACGUUAACGCAAUUCUCAGAUGGAAUAUAGAGGUUAUGAAAAAAGAACACAGAAGUUGAUGUAGCAAAUAUUCUUCAUUUUUAAUUAAGCGAAAUACAAGAUUGCAAUAGUAAAACAUAUACACAUAACCAUCGAAAAAUGGGAAAAUAUGGAAAUAUAAUUUUUUUAUUCCAAUCUUUCACUAUACUGGAUGCUGUGUGCAGCAUGAAUGCGACUAGUGGCAAAACACUCGAACUAUUAGACAAGAUGACGAACAAUGGAAUUCGGCUAACAGCUUGAGCGUUUUGCCAUUUGCUAAUUGGCGCUGUACAGACCUUGUACAGAGGUUCCAGAUUUCACCACAAGUGGCACCACUGUUUUACCAGUAGUUUCAGCGUUCUGCCAUUUACUAAUUGGCGCUGUACAGACCCUGACCUGAGCUUUUCGAUGUUACCACAAGAGGCGCCACAAGUUGUUAAGUAGCGGAAGCUUUGAAUAGUUUUUAACUAAGAACAAAGGAACCGCUCUUAAUAACUCUGCGAAAACACGAAAACGCCAAGAAAUCGAUCCGGAGAUGAAUUCUCUACUCGACCCGAUUAUAAAUUUUGGAUUUAUAACACAUUUCCGCUGCAUAUUACAGAGCGUUAAUGGUCUAUGUUUCCAGCAAUACCACGUAUUCUUUAUAGCAAUUGAUAAUUUGUCCGUACGACGUCUUUCAGCUAUCAUCUGUACCGUUUUCCACGAACUAACAAAUCUUGACCUAAUUUAAUUUCUCAUUAUUUAAUUUGAAACAUUCGCAUUCUUACAAUUUACGCCGUUCAAUGCGCCAGAAACGAAAUAAACGAUACAUUUUCUCAAGAUCGAGAGAUCUAGAUCCCCCGCGUCAUAGAUCACUGCAACGUCACUGCAACGAAUCGACGCACCGAUUGGCUCUUUACUGGAAUAACAAGACUUCCAUUGAGCAAUCGAGAUUCGCUGACGAGCAUGUGUUGUUGUUGCAAGUACAGUGAGCACAUGGCAUGAUUUCGACGCGACCGUGGAAAGUGAAAUUAGCUCGCAUAAUUAUACAAUGUUGAGAAAGGUUGGACUAUUAUCGAGGCAGCUGCGCCUUUUCACGAGGACGUUUCACGAUGACGCGGUCGUUAUCGGAACCUCGCAGGACCAUAAAUCGAAGGAGUACCAGGAGAAUUAUAUACAAAUGGAGAGCCUCGUGAAACAGUUGAAACAGAGGGUGGAGAAGAUAGUGGAGGGUGGAGGAGAGAAAGCGAAGGAAAGGCACAAGAGAAGCGGGAAACUUUUGCCACGUGAACGAAUCGAUGCCUUGCUGGAUAAAACGUCGCCGUUCCUCGAGUUUUCGCAAUUAGCCGGCUACGAAUUGUACGAGAAGGAGGAAGUACCGGCAGGCGGUAUUAUCACUGGCAUCGGAAGAGUAUCCGGGAACGAGUGCGUGAUCAUCGCCAACGAUCCGACGGUAAAAGGCGGCACCUACUACCCCAUCACGGUUAAGAAACAAUUGAGGGCGCAGGAGAUCGCGGAGGAGAACAAUUUGCCUUGCAUAUAUCUGGUGGACAGCGGCGGCGCUAAUUUGCCUAGACAAGCGGGCGUCUUCCCUGACAAAUGGCACUUCGGCAGAAGCUUUUACAAUCAGGCGAACAUGAGCGCGAAGGGGAUCGCGCAAAUAGCGGUGGUCAUGGGCAGCUGCACCGCAGGCGGCGCGUACGUGCCCUCGAUGGCCGACGAGAACGUGAUCGUAGGGAAUCAGGGCACCAUCUUCCUGGCUGGACCGCCCUUGGUCAAAGCAGCCACCGGCGAGGACGUCACCGCGGAGGAGCUCGGCGGCGCGGCAGUCCACUGCCGGAAGUCGGGUCUGAUCGAUCACUACGCGAUAGACGAUCGGCACGCUCUUCACCUCACGCGGCAGAUCGUCGGCGACUUGAAUCGGCAGAGGCCGAUGCACGUGAACGCGAGCAAGAAGAUAGACGUCCCUGCUCACGCGGUCGACGAGAUGUACGGGAUCGUCGGCGCCGACUUGAAGAAACCGUUCGACGUGAAGGAAGUGAUCGCUAGGAUCGUGGACGGGUCCAAGUUCCGCGAAUUCAAGGCGCGGUACGGGGAGACCCUGGUCACGGGAUUCGCCAGGAUCUACGGGUAUCCCGUGGGAAUCGUUGGGAACAACGGGGUGCUGUUCUCCGAGAGCGCGCUCAAGGGCGCGCAUUUCGUGCAGCUCUGCGCUCAGAGGAAGAUUCCUCUCGUCUUCCUGCAGAACAUCACAGGGUUCAUGGUGGGCAAGGAGGCGGAGGCUGGAGGCAUAGCGAAGAACGGGGCGAAAAUGGUAACCGCUGUCUCUUGCGCCAAAGUCCCGAAGAUCACGGUGCUGGUCGGGGGAGCGUAUGGUGCGGGGUACUAUGGAAUGUGCGGCCGGUCGUCCUCGCCGAGGUUCCUCUACAUGUGGCCAAACGCUAGGAUCGGUGUGAUGGGAGGAGAGCAGGCUGCCGGGGUGUUAGCGCAGAUCGCGAAGCAGCAGCGAGUGAGAGAAGGAAAAGAGCUGACCGCGGAUGAAGAAGAGGCGAUCAAGAGGCCGAUCGUGAACAGGUUCGAGCAGGAGAGCAACCCGUACUACGCGAGCGCCAGAUUAUGGGACGACGGCGUGAUCGAUCCCGUGGACACCAGACUGGUCCUGGGUCUAAGCUUGUCGGCGGCCUUGAACGCUCCCAUUCCCGACAGCAAGUUCGGGAUAUUCCGGAUGUAGAUCGUGAUACAGUAAUGUCUCCCUUACCGACGCUCAGAUUCGAACCUUGCGGCUCGUUUUUAUAAUUGUGGACAAUUUA